GAAAGAAGGGAGGAAGGAAGGAAAGAAGGAAGAAGGGUUGGCCCCGGUUGGAAAGCUGCUCACAGGGAGCCCAUGUCAUGGCAGCGACACGGGGGCCUCCAGCAUUGGGGCUUUCGGGGUCUGGAGGCCAGUCGAGGACCCACAGAUUGUGGAGCCCCCCAGCUCGAGGCCUCGCCCCCUUUGGUUGCAUCUCGCCCCCUUUGCCCUUUCCUGCAGAUUUUGGCCACGUUGGCUGCGGGCAGGGAGAGCCUGGUGUCCCAGGAAGUGGCCAGGAUGCUGGGCCAUCUGACCCACGGCCAGCAGGCCUUAACUCUGGGAGAGCUUCGCACAGUGUGUCUGUUCCUGGAGGAGAGCGGCCUGGCGCGAGAACACUGGAGACACGCCCUGGGCAGCCUGCUGGGCAGCGCGGCCUCCACCCUGGCCUCCGUGCUGCAGGACCCCGCCACCGGGGCCGGGGAACGGGCCUGCCACGCAGUGAAGCUGGUCCUCCAGCUUUUCCAAAGCAUGCCCGAGGAGGUGGGGGCCCUGACCUGGAGGCCGGCAGGUGAAGUGGAGCCCCUGGCGAGCAUCCUUCAGUCCCUGGUGCAAGUGAUCCUGGGAAAGGUGGCCCACAAGGACGCCCGGCUUCUGGCUGGCACAGCCCUGGGCAUGCUGGCGAAUGCGGCCCCCACGCCAGAGGCAGGGGCUGAGGCCGUGUCUGAGCUGCUGCGGCUGCUCAGCCCAGACCCUGGGGAGCAGAGGCUUGGGGGGCUCCGGGUGGCUGUGCCCCCCAUGAACCCCGAUGGGCUGGAGGACCUGGUGCUGAGCCGAGGCCUUCUGACCUCCUGCAGGAAGGACAUCCUGACCUUCAGGCCCCCUGGGGGGAAGGCCUGUCUGCUGCUGGGGGCCCUGAUACCCCCCGUUGGCCCAGGCUGGAGUGAGAAGAACAUGGACUACCGUGCCUUCCUCCUGCAGGCUUUUCUGCUGUGGCUGCGACGGCUGCACGAAAGCACCCCCGGCGUCUGGACGGGGCGACUCCUGAGUGGGACCUCCCAGGGGGCCCUGCGGCUGACUCAGUUCAUCUGGAGCAACACCGAGAGCCCGCUGGAAGGUUUGUCCAGGCACCUGCCCCGCCUCUUCCUGAGCCAUGGGAAGGGAGGUGAGCACCUCGGGGACGGAGCAGAGCGGCCCCUCUACGAGGAGCUCCUGGAGAGGGUCCGGGCCCUGCCCUGGCAGACCAAGGCCCGCUACCCCGCCCUCUGCGCCUUGCUUCCCUUCCUGGGGUCCCUCCAGGUCCUGGCUGCGCUCCCUGAGCUCCCGCGGCAGCUCCUGCUCUGUCUCUCCACCAAUCCCCUCAGCCCCCCGGCGGUGGACGCCUACCGCUGCUUCCUGCAAGCCCAGCGGGGGGAGUGGGCGGUCCCAGGGGCCGGGGCCGGCGAGGAGGCCCUGGCUGAGCGGUGGGCCCGGCACUGGCUGCUCCCCGUGGCGGAGGCCCUGCAGUCCCCCGUGGCAGCCCUGCAGGGCCGGGCAGCCAGCUCCCUGCUCCCCCACACCCUGCAGCUCUUCCCGGCCUCCGCCGGCCUCCUGGAGGAGGCUUUCGGGCCCGGGGGGCCGGGGGGGGGGCCUGCAAAGCUCCGGGAAACUGGGCCAGGCCCCUGGGUGGAGCUCCCCGCUAAAGUGGCCACGUGCCUGGCGGGGGACGGCCGGGGCGGGCGGCGGGGGGAGCCUCCUGAAUGGGGACGCCCGUCGCCUGCUGAGGGACUGUGGAGCCGCCUCAAACCGGGGGGCGGGGUGUGCAGGCCCAUGUUGGCCCAGGACGGGCGCCCAGGCAGCUCCUUGGGACCCUACGGGCUUUCCCGCCUUUCCGGCCGCCCCAGGGACGGCUCCCUGCCCGCGGGGCCGGCGGGUGCUCUGGCCAUGCCGCUGACAGCUGGGCUUGGUUCUCAGGUGGGCGCCAGCACGCUGCGCCAGGAGUGCGCCCGCUUCCUCUGCAGGGAGGCGGGGAGGCUGGCCGAUCCCGCCCGGGCCCGGGCCCUGGGCUCCCUGCUGCGAGGCACGGACACGGAAGUGCAUCGGGCCACCCUGGCCUGGGUGCUGGAAGAGGGGGGGCUCCGCGAGCCCGUGGCCGGCGUCCUCCGGGCCCUGCUGCUGGACACCCUGUGGCCGCUGCUGCGGGACGGGGGGGGCCACCCGGAAGGCCUGAAGUUGCACCUGGAGGCCUUGGCGCACCUGCACCAGGCACCCUCUGCCCGCGUCCACCCGCUCUCGCCAGCCCCGCCCCCAGCCUCCAGGGACCAGCUGCUCUCACUGGUGGAGAAGGCGGGCACCAGCCCCACCCUCCUGGGCCAGGCACUGCGCGCCCUCAGCUUGCUCUUGGCAUUGGGGCCCGAGGACCUUCCUGCCCUGGGCCGCUGGAGCCUGGUUCUCCAGCGCUGGAGUGAGCCCCGUGCCUGUGAGGAGCUGAGACUGGCGGCAGCGCAAUCCCUGUGCCUAGCCGGGGUCCCGGUGGUGGUCGGAGCCCACGCAGCCUCUGGGCCCUCCCCGGCAACUUCCGGGCCCUCCCCGGCAGCCCUGGCUCUCCGGCUUCUGAACGCUGGCAUUUUCCUGCUGCAGGAUGAGGACCAGGCAGUGAGACUGGAAGCAGCCAUGUUCGCCAGUCUGCUGGCCCAGCAGGUGAGAGCCUGGCCCUGGGAGGCUGGCACAACGCUGCAGGCCAACCAGGGGCUGCUCCUGGUACUACAGGUUAUUGAGACACACUUUGGGGCCUGUGAGGACACCUGGCCGCUUCUGAUGCUCCAUCUUCCCCAGUAUGAUCUGGAGUGUCUCCUGGAGGAGAUGGGCGCUAAUCGGCCCCCCAGCCUCUAUGAGGAGGACGGAGCUAACUUCUUCGCGGAGCCGGCCGUGUUCGCCCAGCUUCUACUCCCCUUCUUGCUCCGGCUGUUGGACAGAGUGGGGGAUGCGGCGCCCCUGAGGGCCCGGGCCCGGCAGUGGGCAGAGGCUCGAGCCCCCGGCGUCCUCCGGAGCCUCCAGCACUGCUGCCUCUGGUGGAGUCAAGGUGACGCCGGCGCUCUGCUGCUGAAGGCCCUGGGCUGCCCCAAGCUUCACACGGCCCUGGCCGUGCUGCUGGUGGAGGCUGAGCUUGUGAUCCGGGCCCUGGAGACUGGGGGGGCCGGAGGCGCCGGGGAGGCCGUGGAGGCCAUGGAGCCCGGAGCCAGCAGCUCCUCUCGGGAGCUGAGGCAGGCCUGGACGCGGGCCCGGGCCCUGCUCGCUCAGCACGGCAUGGCCCCUCAGCUGAGGGACCCGGGCUGGCCGAGAGGCCACGUGCUCCUGUCGAUGGCACCAGGGGAUCCCCAAGGAGCAGAGGGGCUGUGUCUGGGGGGGGCCCCGGGGGAGGUGGGGGGCUCAAAGGGCAUGACCGACAGAGCCUCUGGGGCCCUCUCCCCCACCUGCUUCGACGUCCUUCCCUCUCUGUAGCCACCAGGACAGACUGAUCAGGUGGUCGGGGUUCUGGAGGUCACAGGAUGUUAGUGUAAGGGGGGACCUCGGGAGCUGGCUGAUCCAACCCCUCAUUUUAAGAGGGGCAGAGGCUGGCCCAAAGACCGCGCAGUGAGCGACUGAGCGUCAUCGUUAUUGGUGACCCAUCCAUGCUCAGUAAACGUUAAUUAAGCACCUACUAUGUGCUACUACCUCACAACCACUCCGGGAGGUCUGCCAGCUGGCUGGGCUGCUCUGAUCGUUCCUACUCUGCAGAUGGGGAAGUUGAGGCUCAGGAGGGUGCAGGCGUCUGCCCACAAUCACACACCUUAUCUGUAUUAGUCAGGUUGUGUCUUCACCUGAAAACCAGCGUUCCCUCCCUUACGUCAUGCACUUCCUCCUCCAGAGAUGGGGGUGACCCCGGGGGCUCCCCAGCCCCGACACGGCAGGGGCCUGUGCUGUCCAUGCGUGGAAGGGAGGGGCUGGGCGAGCUGGCCUCCAAGCACCCCAGGUUCAUCGUCGCCAGCUGAGGCGGAGCCCGCGGAGACCCCCGUCCCCCUCCCCACCCUCAAGUCUGACUUGAACAAGAAAGAAAUGCCCAAACAUUUAAAGAAAAAAUAUAUUUUAUAAUAUGCUAACAGCGUGUAAUUAUUCGCCGGUCUACAAUGGAUUUCUUUCCAUCCUAAGUAAUCUAAUGUCAUGGUGGAGAGAGGGAGCGAUCUAAUUUCUCGGAGCCCAGGCAAGUGGUGCUGGAUGAAGGAUGUCAGCAAGCAUGUAUUAAGUGCCUGCUGUGUGCCAGGCCCCGUGCCAGGGGCUGGAGAAGGUUAUCUGCAAUGGGAGAGAUGAUAGGACAUGCAAAGGUAGUGUCAAAUACAAGUCU